UUUCAAAGAUUCCGUCGAAACGGUCCUGUGAUUGGUGAUCCGCUCGUUCCGCUUCCGCAUAUUCCGCUCCAUGGGACCGUACCCUAAGACGAUUUUAGGGACAUUCAGAGCACGUUAAAGAUGAUGUGGUUGGUUGACGCAAAUUACGUUUACACCGUAUGUAAAGCCACUCUGAGGGUGCAGUCCCAUAGAGCGUAUUACGCCUAAGCGGAACGAGCGUAUCACAAAUUACGGGACCGUUUCGACGGAAUUUUUGAAAGAGUUCUAUCAGAAUAAUCUCGUGUUGGUGUUCCGCUCGUUCUGCUUAUGCGUAAUACGUUCCAUGGGACUGCACCCUGAGGCUGAUGUCCCCUGGAGCGGAUUAUGCGGAGCGGAAUGAGGGUGCAGUCCCAUGGAGCGGAUUAUGCGGAAGCGGAACGAGCGGAUCACCAAUCACGGGAUUAUUCUGAUAGAACUCUUUUAAAGAUUCCGUCGAAACGGUCCUGUGAUCUCGUUCGCACAUGUGUACAAGUGCAAAAUCCACCUUUUGCACUUAUGCGCAUGCACGAGACCAUCUUUUGCACUUGUACGCAUGCGUGAACGAGAGAGAAAGGUAUUACCCAAAGCAUGCUAGCCUUUUCCCUCUGAAUCUUACCCCUACUCCCACAAUGCUCAGUCUAGAUAUAUUAUAGGCGAGUUUUUUAAUUUAUCGAUCAAUUGCAUUAUGCACAGAUGCUUUUCUCUGUAAAAACUUUUUUUGCGCAUCGUGCGAUUGAGUAAUCGAUGAGUUAAAAAACUCACCUUAUGUCUAUGGACGCGACAGACUCUUAUUGGGUGCGUUCCACUUAAAGCUUGCAACGACCGUGGAAUCAUUUUAUCCUUGUUGUUUAUCAAAUAUUAAACAAAGAUAAAUGACGCUCGCAAGCGUUGCGAGCGUUAAGUGGAACGCACCCAUUGUAGAUCCGCCCUAAUCCGCUUCAUAGGACCGCAACCCGAGUGGUUGCGCUGCUGGUUGCAAUGGCCGCAUUCAGCAAACUCAGCAGCUAAGUAGCAAUCGAACAUGAUUGGUUCUGACUUAUAGAACCAACAAAUCAACGGCAUUAUUCAACGGAAAAUCUAGUAAUGUUGCUCAACUACUGAGUCUGCUGAAUGCGGCCAAUGAGUCUUUAUUGCGAUUAGUUUUUGCUCUAGUUCUAUUAAAUAACUAAGACCAAGAACCAAUUGAAUUAAAAAAUCACUGCGCGGCAAACUGUAGAUGCAGACCAAUUGAGACAAAGGUUAAUAUGCGAUGUUCGAAGAUGUGGAUUUUUUAUUGUAUCUGCGCAUUUUACGUAAUGCUCACCAAUGGUACAUAUUACGUAUGUCCAUUAAAUGAUAUUUACGCAAGAAAAGGUAAUAAUUGCAUGUUGAAAAAUGCGCAGUUAAGAACAAAGGCAUGCAUAAUGGCUGUUAACGCAAAUAUCGAGCAUCUUUCUAAAAUUAAAAAAAAUUUAAACCAUAAUAUUCCUCGAGUAAAAUUACAAUCUAUAAAUCUUUGCAAGUAUAAAACACUUAGCCGACAAAAGCCUCGAAUAAUUAAAUCUGAGGUACUUAAAAAAGGCCAAAAAAUAAAAAUAAAAAAUAAAAGUAAAACUAAUCAGCAGGCGCAAGAAAAACUAAAGACUACAUCUGAAGAAUACAAUCUCUCUGAUAUGAUUCUUACAAAUGAUUUUUCAAAUGCUAUACUACAAAUAGACACUGUGAAUAAUGAUAGCUCGUCCACUGAUUUAUGUUUGAAUAUUCAAACAAGAAUAUUGGAAAAAUCUAAUACUCGAGAAACAUUAGAUACAUUGGUUGAGAGAUCAAAAACCAACACUGAUGAAGACAAUUAUAAGAUUCUUACAAAUGACUUUUCAAAUGCCGCAUUACAAACAGACACUGUAAAUAAUGAUAUCUGGUCCACUGAUUUAUGUUUUGAAAAUAUUGAAACAAGAGUAUUGGAAAGAUCUGAUAAUCAAGAACAUUAA